UGUGGGCGUGUCAAUGAUUAGCCCCUCCUUCUCCUGGUCGCCUCCUCCGCGCCGCUCUUUCUUUCUCUCUCUCAUUCAGUCCUCCAGUAAUAUGGCGAAGUGCCGGGGCUGUCCGGUAUCUGCGGCCUCCUCCGGCUCCCGGCCUCGGGCUCAGAGCACCGGAGCUCCGCGUGGGAGAAACAGACAUUCGGUGGACAUGGUGGAGCUGGCAAUGAUCCUUCCUGGCAGUCAGCGGAAGGUGCGGGGGGCCCAGAACUUGCUUGUCAGCGUCAUCUCCUACAUCCAGUUCCUGCAACGCCGUAUUCAAGAGACUCAGAGCAGACUCAUCCCGCAUAGCAGCCGCCAGGGUUUCCUCCCUCUCUGGACUCCCAGACAUUCGGCUGACAUCACCUGCAAGCGAAGCAAUGGCGGCCCGGAGAUCAGAAGACGACAGCGGCCCAGGGGCUCUGACGUGAAACCAAAACAAAAGUUCAAGCCAAAGUCCAAGCGGACCUUGCAGCAGAGACUGGUCCCGUACAUCUCCUCCUCAUCCUCCAGUAAUGGUGAUGGCAGUCCAUGGCUCGUCUCCAUAUUCCCUGACUCUCCUAUUAGUCCCUGCACCCCACAAUCCUCAGUGGCACCCCUAGAGCUGAGCCCAUUGCUGCUGUCCCCUCCCGCUGAUGAUCUCCAUCAUGGGUUAUUCGAGGAGGUUCAGAUUGACUCCAGCUCUUCUGACGGUGUUCAGGAUUCAGACAUCUCCCUGGGUCGCAACUACUCAUCUUGUGCUGAGAAGAGCUACGUGCGGCACCCGCAGCCAACACAGGAAAUAGAAGCGUUGGCUAACUGCUGGGACCUGAACCACCAGCCGCCAGGAGAGGACGCCGAAGGAUCCGGAUUUAGGAGGUGCCUUCAAGUGAAUGGUGCAAAAGGCAAAGCCAAGAGGGUGCAGGCACACUCCACCACAUCGAGGGAGGAUAACGUGAGCCCUGGUGAGAAGAAGCUGAAACAGAGACCGCACUGCUCCUCCCGACUCCAGCAGCUCAGAAAAAAAUGUGUUAAUGGAUUCAUCAUGUUCUGCAGGUUAAACAGGCGUCCAUACCUGAGUGCACACCCAGGCAAAGCAUCAACAACUGCGACUAAGGAUCUGGCAGAGCUGUGGAAACUGAUGUCAGCACGGGAGAGACGCCCAUACUGUGUAAGGGCUCUACAGUUCAGUCUGCUACAUGAUCGUAUGGUAAGGAGCAGCCAAUCGAAGCUUCCACACGAGAGCGUCUCUCCACCCAAACCUGUGUCCGUGCUGCUGGAAGAAAAAGCUGCUCAAUUGCAGGAAUACGUGGAUCCUAACCUGGGCCCCCAGUAUCACCAUCCCUGGACUGCUGUACCCCACUAUUACCAGUAGAUGACUAAAGUACCCCACUAUUACCUGUAGAUGACCGAAGUACCCCACUAUUACCUGUACAUGACCAACGUACCCUACUAUUACCAGUAGAUGACCAAAGUACCCCACUAUUACCUGUAUAUGACCAAAAUAACCCACUAUUACCAGAAGAUGACCAAAGUGCCCCACUAUUACCAGUAGAUGAGCAGAGUACCCCUCUAUUACCAGUAGAUGACCAAAGUAACCCACUAUUACCAGAAGAUGACCAAAGUACCCCACUAUUACUAGUAGAUGACCAAAGUGCCCCACUAUUACCAGUAGAUGACCAGAGUACCCCACUAUUAUCAGUAGAUGACAAAAGAACCCCACUAUUACCAGUAGAUGACCAAAGAACCCCACUAUUAUCAGUAGAUGACAAAAGAACCCCACUAUUACCAGUAGAUGACCAAAGUACCCCCCUAUUACCAGUAGAUGACCAAAGUACCCCACUAUUACCAGUAGAUGACCAACGUACACCACUAUUACCAGUAGAUGACCAAAGUACUCCACUAUUACCAGUAGAUGACCAAAAUACCCCACUAUUAGUAGAUGACCAAAAUACCCCACUAUUAUCAGUAGAUGACCAAAAUACCCCACUAUUAUCAGUAGAUGACCAAAAUACCCCACUAUUACCAGUAGAUGACCAAAGUACCCCACGAUUACCAGUAGAUGACCAAAAUACCCCACUAUUAUCAGUAGAUGACCAAAAUACCCCAUAUUAGUGGUUGAUGUUUUGUUUUGAAAUAAAGUUGUGUUCACCUCUUUGUA